AUGUUAAACGCGACUUCAAAACCAACUAAUUUGAUAGUUUUCUUUACGCAAGAGAAUAAAUUUGGAGUUAUAUGCUUUAUGCCACGUGGUGAUUCGACAACUCGGCGACGAUCAGCGCCCAUGAAAGCUCCGGAAGAAUUGGAAACAAAAGAAGUCCACGGGAUGACGCUUCGAUCGGGCACCCACUCAAACAAUAGCCCUUCAUCGAGUAAUUCACAAGCGGAACGCGGUCGAAGAUCAGAUCCUUUCCCGAAAAGAUCACCGGCCGUAUCGCCCAAUCGAUUUGCGAAUAAAGCCCCAACUCUACAAUACAUGUUUGUGACCGACCGGAAUCAGCAAAGGGACAUUGGAUGGCUCAAUGACAUCCCGGUUUAUAACGAUGAGACGAAUUUGGAAAAUUCCAAUGCUCCGUAUCCAGAAGAGGAUGUUAUGCCUGGUGCAGAAUAUUUGGGAGAAGAACUUAUUCUUGUUACACUCAAAAAUGUUUUCUUUUUUAUAUUAUAUCGAUAUCUCACCGGCUUUGUGAUUCUCUUCUUUGCCAUCUACGCAUAUUUCUACUUCCCAAACAACACAAAAACGGUUUCCGGUUUGGAGGAUUAUCGGAUUAAACUUAUGGAUUUAUCAAGGGAGUAUAAGCUCGAUCAGAAAGAAAUGGCGGUGAUUGGCGAGAUGCUGCCAAUUUGGGCUCGUGGUGGAACGAUGAAUCCGAUGGUUAUUGUGCUUUAUGGACAAGAUGAGAAAUUAAAUGCCUUUUAUGAAAAGGUGCUGAGGUGGACAUCGAACGUCACUCGUCAAAGGAUAGCAAGCGGAUUUUAUUGUUCGGAAACGACAUCAAGAGCUCAACUUCACAAAUACUUCGAAGAUUCUCUUGGUGGAAAAAGCGGCCCCGUUUUUGCUGCUGUUCGUCAUUUGCAAGAGCUAAGAUGGGAUGCACCGGUGGCUCUUCAUGCAUGGGCGGAUGAUGGACAUCGUUUAGCUGAUCACAUUUUUAUUCUUUUGGGAAUCGAUGGACCACCAAUUGUAGGAGACUGUGAAGUGAGCGUGACGAAUGCUCUAUCCGCGCAGUGGAUCAAACAAGGCGGCAAUGCGGAUGCGAUUCCUCCAAUUGUACACUCAAGAAUGCAUUACUUCAUUUGUCUU